GCAAUGGACGGAGCGCUCUCUCUGCAGGCUGCCGUACUACUGCUGGCCGCACACUUCGGGGCUGCUAGGGUGACGUAUGAGCCCACCUGGGAGUCCCUGGACUCGAGAUCCAUCCCGGAUUGGUUCGAUGACGUCAAGUUUGGCAUUUUCAUCCAUUGGGGGGUGUUCUCCGUCCCCAGCUUUGGCAGCGAGUGGUUCUGGUGGUAUUGGCAGGGAAGAAAGUUGCAGUCUUAUGUUGAUUUUAUGGAUAAAAAUUAUCCACCUGGCUUCCAUUAUGAAGACUUUGGGCCCCAGUUCACAGCAGAGUUUUAUGAUCCAAAGCAGUGGGCAAACAUAUUAAAGGCAUCAGGAGCGAAGUAUGUUGUUCUUACUUCAAAACACCAUGAAGGUUACACUUUAUGGGGCUCUAAGUAUUCAUGGAAUUGGAAUUCUGUGGAUGUAGGAUCAAAGCGGGAUCUUGUUGGGGAACUGGCCGAGGCCAUCAGGAAUGCCACAGACUUACAUUUUGGACUCUAUCACUCUCUAUUUGAAUGGUUCAACCCCCUCUUCAUUUCUGAUAAAGACAAUUCUUUUAAGACACGCACUUUUCCAAACACUAAGUCCUUGCCUGAACUGUAUGAAAUUGUGAUGAAAUACAAGCCGGAAAUCCUGUGGUCAGAUGGAGAUGGUAAUGCCCCAGACACAUACUGGAACAGUACUGGAUUUUUGGCUUGGCUCUAUAAUGAAAGCCCAGUUGGAGACAUCGUUGUAACUAAUGACCGAUGGGGACAAGACUGCAUUUGUAAACAUGGCGGCUUUUACACAUGUAGUGACCGUUACAGUCCUGGGCAUCUGCUACCUCACAAAUGGGAGAACUGCAUGACCAUUGACAAACGAUCCUGGGGAUAUAGGAGGAAUGCUUUAAUUUCUGAAAUGCUGACUAUUGAAGAGCUGGUACAGGAGUUAGUUGAAACUGUAUCAUGUGGUGGGAAUCUGCUGAUGAACAUUGGUCCUACACAUGAUGGUCGAAUCCCUGUAGUAUUCGAGGAGCGCUUGAGUCAGAUGGGUAAAUGGCUUGAAGUAAAUGGAGAAUCUAUUUACAGCACAAAGCCUUGGAGAGCACAAAAUGAUUCAGUGACUCCAGCAGUCUGGUAUACAUGCAAACCCAAAGAACAAGCUGUGUUUGCUGUAUUCUUGAAAUGGCCCACCAACUGCAAUAUUGUACUAGGAGAACCCAAGACUUCGGAACUGACAGAGGUGUACAUGGUAGGAUAUGAAGGAAAACUUAAAUGGACAGCACUUGGAGAGAAAGGAAUGGUUAUCUCAUUACCCAGACUUGGACCUGCAACUCCACCUUGGGGAUGGGCUGUCAAGAUAUCUAAACUUAAUGAGAUUGUUGUAAAAGCCACAUAGUUGUGGACAUAGCAGGGAGAACUGUACAUUUUUAUACUGGUAAAAAAAUAUACUGUAUUGGUACAGCUACAACUC